CAUAGGCCAAAUGUGUAACAACAAAUAUCUAUCCAGUUUCCCCAAAACAUUUGUCGACUGGCGGUUGAAAUGACUCUAUGUCAUUUUCAUUGUUCUAAAUGUUAUUUCAAAUCUAAUCUAAAUUAACAACCUGUUAUUUGACCAAUAAUAGUUGUAAGUGUGACGUAUUCGACUUCUAGCAAGUUUUGAAAAUUUCAUUAAAAUAGUGCAAGUCAUAGUGAGAUUAACUAUUUAAAAAAGUUCACUAGAUACAUUCUCGUCUAUUUAAGUCUGAUUCAACAAACAAAAGGAGAUAAGGAGCCCUCGAUCUCCGACCUGACAGAAUUAUCUAGGAACUGUUCUUAUUUCUGUCUGCCAUAUGGAUCAUGUUGCACUGGCUUCCAAUUCUGCCAUGAUGGAAGUUGCGAAAACUGCUUUCCGAAAACCGUUAGAAAUGAGGAUCUGCUGACUUGGUGCAGAGAUAUAGGCCAGCAUGACUCGUCUCAGAUGAGGCAUAGAUACUCGUGCAUAAAGGCAUGUCAGAACCGAUUCAACGCCUCGGACCUGGUGCUGUGCGAAGCUGACAAUUCCACCAUAUCGGAUUCGACAAAAAGUAACUGCUCUAAUGAUGAACCCAGAUUAUGUGACAGUGGCCACGAGUUCUACCAUAAUGGAACGUGCCAGGCGUGUUUUCCAGCAAACAUUCCGGAAACAGAUCUGCUGACUUGGUGUAGAGAUAUAGGCCAACAUGACUCGUCUCAAAUGAGGCACAGCUUGUGCACAAAGGCAUGUCAGAAUCGAUUUAAGGCCUCGGACCUGGUGCUUUGCGAAGAAACAUGGAAAAAUGUUGCCAUCAGUGUAAUUGUCCUCGCGUCUGUUGAAGGCCUGUUGCUGUUGGUAUGUGGUGCCGUUUGGAUUGUGAAAAGAUAUUGUGCACUUAAAGGAAAGAAAACGCAGUAUUCAAACCCUACCCAGGACGGAAAAGUACCAAUAAAUCUUGCCAGCCAAUCACAGUUAGGAAAAAAAGGUAGCCAAGUCAAGAGCCAAAGUAUGAAACUAACGGAACACCAAGACGCUCAAUCUACCCAUAGCGAUUCUGACGUGGAUGUUAACGACUAAUUUUUUGCGGCCCCGAAAGAAGAAUAGACGCUAUUAGUUUUGGGUGUUCGGUCGGUCCGUACGUCCGUCCCGUUUAGAUCUCGUAAACUAGAAGGAUUGUGAAAAUCCGACAUCAUAAUAUUUUAGACUUUAGACCAUUCAAAGUUCUGAUGCAAUGGCUACUUUUUUCUUUUCUGAAAGCGAAAAAAAUUAUUUUUUAAAUCAACUAUGCAAGCAGUUUUAUUCAUUAAAAAAACACCAUUUUUACAACUAUUCACUAUUAAUAGUAACAAACACAUGAGGCUAUAUAGUAUAAUAUAUAUAUAAUCUCACCAUAUUUCGAACACAUUUAUGCAAACGGUUUUAGAUUUUUGUCAAAAAAAAAUAAAUAUUUUCCAAUUGUACUGCUAAGCUAAGUAAGAUCUGUCAUACUGACUACUACUUUUACAAAAAAAAAAAUGAUUACUUUUUUUUUAAGAGAAAAUCUAUUUAGUGUGCAUAUAAGUGGAACAAUUUAAAACAAUAGUUAAUAAGGAGUUUUUCAUAUUAUUUCGUGAACACAUAACUGAAGGAUUUUUUUUUUUUACAGAAAUUUUUCUUUUUCCUUUGAGGCUUGGGGGAAUAGCCUCCAAUAGUUUCGUGUGGUUUGUAUGUCCGUCCGUCCGUCCCGUUUAGAUCAUAAAAACUAGAAAAGAUAUUGAAAAUCAGAUAUCAUGAUAUUUUAGCCCUUUUAGAAUUUUGAUGCAACGAUAACGUCUUCUCUAACAGCGAAAUGUUUAAUAUUUACAAUUAGGCCUAACUAUGCAAGCAUUUUUGUCAUAAAAAUACAGUUAUUUUUUGACAACUAUUCACUAUUAAUAACAAGCCAAAACUAUAUUUAUAAGGGAAAUAUCAAUGCUGUAAAUUAAAAAAAAAAACAUGUAUACAAACGUGUUUUUUUUUUAAUAUUAUUUUCGUUUGUUUUCUAAAAUAAUGUUAUUAAAAAUAAUUGUAUUACUAAAUUAAAUAUCUCCUAUUAUACAAGCUAUCAACAUUUUAAAUGAAAUGUUUACUUUUGUUUUUAAAAAAAGAAAGAAUUCAAUUAGUAUGUGUAUAAGUCGAAUAUAAUUGAAAACAACAAUUCAUUAAAGAGUGUUUUAUGUAAAGUUGAGUGAUGAAAAGUUUCUGCCUUGAAGCCUUAAAUGAGAGAUUGCCCUUCAACAAAACUAUCAAUUAGAUAACUAUAUCCUCAAUUCAAUCCGUUUAUUGAAUAUUAAUAGUAAAAUAAUUUUAAACAAAUAAUAAAUCUCCGUAGUCUGUUGUGUCAUGCGUCUCUUCCUUUUAUAUUGACGAAGAUAAUCAUAUUGAAAAUAUUUACCUGCCUGAGUGGACCACAUUUGGAGCCCUCGUUUGUGUUUGCAUUGCACACAAACUUUGUGACUUUGUUUCAACUCAUUUCCUACUUUAUUAAGCUGAUGGAUGUCUAUGGUUUCUCAUAUUAUUUAUUUCUUCAUUAUUGCAAGAAGUCUUCCCUGUGAGUUUUUGCCCAAUCAAGUUAGUCUAUUUUUAAGAACAACUAAGACUUCUUGAGCGCUUCCACCAAAGAUGCUUGCGCUCCUUCAUAGACAAGACCGAACUACAAACAGCGAUGUCCGUGCGAACGCCGGUAUGGACAGAAUAGAGGGACUUCUUAUGGUCCGGUAGUUACGCUGGGUAGGGCACGUAUCCCGUAUGGGAGACGAACGUAUGCCAAAGGCAGUCUUUUUUUGGUGAGCUAAAAAUUUAAAUUGUAUUGCAUUGUGCAUUGUGUAGUGUGUAUAUUAUUAAAGUGAUUCCUAGUUCCAGAUGAAAAGCUUUGUUUUUAUUUAAAGAAGAUUUCAGUCUCGAGUUUAUACUUUGAAGUAGACUCUAGUAUUUCCGGCAUUACGAUAUUGUUGUAGAAUUCUGAAGCUAUCUAAUUGGAAAGACCCUACAAAAUAAGAACAUCAGAAAUGCAUUGUCUGGUCCACACAAUCUCAUUGUAACAUCAACCAAGACAUCAGUCAUCUGGCUCCCUAAAUAUAUCAUCGCGUAUGGCAUUCAUACAUUGUUACAACUAUCAUGAGUUUGAAUGUCUCUUAAGAAGACUAUCUAGUUCCACCUUCACAACAUGCAGUCUAUAAGGCAGAUGAUGUUAAGCCAUCUGUUUCUUUGACCAAUGGUUAACAAGCAGGAUGUCAUGUGAUCAGCACAACAACCAACCACCUAAGUCAGGUACCAAUAAGAAUUGAGUGGAAUCAGAAAUUAAAAAAAAAAGGGUUGGUAGAAGUCAUUACUUGAGAAAGUUAUGAUCACUAUUCGUAUGGAAGAACAAUAAUUUUGAACAGAUAAAAAAAAAAAAAAAAUAUUUU